AUCUAAAGUACCUUGGGAACCUCGUCAUUGUCGUCCUCCUCUUCUUCAACUCAUGGGCGCGACUCAUUCAACCACGAUACAGCAUUACUAUCUUCUCCACACUAUCGCUACAUAGGUAUAUACCAACAGCAUGCCUCCCCAGCCUCACAAAGGCAGGUCGCGCUCUCAGCAGGGCCCCUCCCAACCCCAACCACAACCGUCCGACUAUGAGACGGACGCACCACAGAUCGAUGUCCCACCACCGCCACCACGGUCCAACGAACAGAUCAAUCUUUCAGUGCUCAAAAGGCACUACCCGGACGUUGCAUCCCUUUUACACGUCGCACCAUAUACCGUUCUAUACAUUUUCUCACUUACGUCGCAGACAUGGGAGAAGAGUGGCAUCGAGGGUACUCUCUUCGUGUGUCAACUAACUCCUACCGCGGUCUACCCAGACCGCUUUUCCGUUGUCAUCUUGAACCGCCGCGGCUUGGACAAUUUCAGCAUGGACAUCGUUAGCGACGAAGAGGUGGAAAUAACAGAUGAAUAUCUCAUCCUACAAGGCGACCAGAUCUACGGACUAUGGAUAUUCUCGGAGCCCCCACCGUCCUCGACAGCGAAUGCGAGGGUAGAAACCGCCAACAAGAUACUCGCACUUGCGCAGCAGGCUGCAGCAAAUAAAGAGCCAGAAGACGUUUCCGCGACGGAAGGGUUUGCGGCCUCAGAGUCGGCAGAGGAAAGCAUACCAAUGGGCCGCCAACUUUCGCUUAGGGAGCUAUUUGGACAGCAGAGGGAAAGCGAUGCGGCAUGGAGUGUUCACAAUCACCACAGCCAGGCUCCUGCUCCGCAACCGAUGUCCAAUUCUGGAUUCAUGCCUUCAAUGAAUGCUGGAGGUGGUCUUAUGGAUGGGUCAGGGGAUCACCUCGGACAACUCUUCAUGAAAGCAAGGCAGAAUUAUAACGGUGUCGGCUGAUCGGCAUCGAUGUCUUGUUUUCGGAUCAAAAGAUCGGAUUUACUCUACGCGAGGCCACCAUAUUGAGUCACAUCAGAUGCCCGAAGAAAUUCAUCAUUGACCGUAUGCACACAGCCGCGGCGAAAGUAUUCUAUGAAGACGAGCGUAUGAUGUUAUGACGUUGAGGGUAAGAGCUAGGAUGAUGGGGCGAGGAUCUGAAUGAUAUCCCCAUGUGUGCCCCAACCUGCGAUUGUAAAGGACGAGUUGGGAGUGAAUAUUGAUACCCUUAUUAGUUCAAUUCAAUUCAAUUCAUGAUCUUGG